AUGGCCCAAAGUUCCCGGGUGCGGUGGGAUUUAGGUGCACCCGGGUGGGUGAGCGGGGUCACGGCGGGAAGCGGGGCAGCUCCCGUGGCUCUGGGGUCAGCAGGCGAGUACGACUACGUGAGCUACCAGUCCGACCUGGGCCCUUACCCGGGCGGGCGCUUCUACGCCAAGCCCCACCAGUGCGUGGCCAUCCCCGCCGACCUGCGGCUCUGUCACAGCGUGGGCUACGACAAGAUGGUGCUGCCCAACCUGCUGGACCACGAGACCAUGGCCGAGGUGAAGCACCAGGCGAGCAGCUGGGUGCCGCUGCUCAACAAGAACUGCCACAUGGGCACCCAGGUCUUCCUCUGCUCCCUCUUUGCCCCCGUCUGCCUGGACCGGCCGGUCUACCCCUGCCGCUGGCUCUGCGAGGCCGUGCGCGACUCCUGCGAGCCCGUCAUGCAGUUCUUUGGCUUCUUCUGGCCCGAGAUGCUCAAGUGUGACCAGUUUCCCCAGGAUGAUGUCUGCAUUGCCAUGACGGCUCCCAACGCCACCGAGGUCUCCAGGCCCAAAGGAACGACUGUGUGUCCCCCUUGCGACAACGAGAUGAAGUCAGAGGCCAUCGUGGAGCACCUAUGUGCCAGCGAGUUUGCUCUUAAGAUGACCAUAAAAGAAGUGAAGAAGGAGAACGGGGACAAGGUGAUCGUCCCGCGGAAGAGGAAGGCGCUGAAGCUGGGGCCCAUCCGGAAGAAGAACCUGAAGAAGCUGGUCCUGUUCCUGAAGAACGGGGCUGACUGCCCCUGCCAUCAGCUGGACAACCUCGGCCACUACUUCCUCAUCAUGGGCCGCCAGGUGAAGACCCAGUACCUGCUGACGGCCAUCUACAAGUGGGACAAGAAGAACAAAGAAUUCAAGAAGUUCAUGAAGAAGAUGAAGUCUCCCGACUGCCCGACGUUUCCGUCCGUCUUCAAGUGA